AUGGCUUUCCAGUCUACAAAAGGAGAAAUACAGGAAUUGAUUGUCAAAUUUGAUGCAAAUAUUAAUGUCGAGGUUUGCAAUUACUCUAGAUCAGUCAAAUACAUUUUCAAAUAUGUUCAUAAAGGGUCUGGUAGAACUACUGCAACAAUGGAAUCUAUUGACACUGCCAAAGAAAUAGAUGAGAUAAAAACAUUUUUGGAUUGCAGAUAUAUCUCGGCAACUGAAGCUUGCUGGAGAAUAUUCCAAUUUGACAUACAUUACAGACAGCCAACAUUCGAAAGAUUACCAUUCCAUUUACUUGGAGAGCACACAGAGAAAACAUGGACUAGGAGAAAAAAUGGAUUGGAAAUUGGAAGAAUUUACUUCGCACAUCCUUCGACUGGAGAACGCUUUUAUUUAAGAAUGUUGUUAAAUUUUGUCAAAGGAAGCACUUCUUAUGAAAGUAUUAGAACAAUAAAUGGGGUGACAUAUCCUAAUUUUAAAGGCGCAUGCUAUGCUUUGGGAUUGUUAGACGAUGAUAAAGAAUGGAUAGAUUGCUUGACUGAAGCUGCAAUAUGGGUUUUUGAUGCAUCACAACUUUGGAAAUCUAAUUAUAUUGCAUUGUCAGAAGACAUAACUUCAUUGCAAAGGAAAAUAUUUAGAAUGAAUGAUCUUAAGUUAACUGAACAACAAGUUGAAGCAUACACAUUGUUCGAGAUUGAAAGUAUCAUGCUGAAGAUGGGAAAAAGUUUGAAAGGUAUAGAUGGAAUGCCCCUGGCUAAUCCAUCUUUGAUAAGAGACUCGGGUAAUAGAUUGGUUAAUGAAGUGCUUGGUUAUGACCAAUAUCGAUUAAAGAUAUUGCAUGAGAAAUCAUUUGCUGCUCUAAAUCCUUGCCAAAAAUUAGCUUAUAAAGCAAUAGUACAUUUAGUAGAGAAUGGACAAGGAAAUUUAUUUUUUAUCAAUGGACAUGGUGGUACUGGCACCUUACUAGCUAGACUUCUUGUGAAAACUUCUUUGAUCAUUUGGGAUGAAGCACCUCUGGCAAAUAAGUUCUUCUUUGAAGCUUUGGAUAAGACCUUAAGAGAUAUUCUAAGAACAAGGUUUGAAAAUCGCUCUAACAAACCUUUUGGAGGACUUACAAUAGUAUGUGGUGGUAAUUUCCGAAAAAUAUUACGAGUUGUUCCAAAAGGUAAAAGAGCUGAUAUUAUUGAUGCUUCUCUUAACUCAUCAUAUUUGUGGCCAUUUUUCAAAAUAUAUGAGCUCAACCAAAAUAUGAGGCUCAAUAAUGGAAGCUUGAAUGGUUUUGAGGCUGCUAAAAUAGCUUCUUUUGACAAAUGGAUGUUGCAGAUUGGAGAUGGUUCAUUAUAUGAUGCCAUUGAUAGACAAUUAAUUAAGCUUCCUUCUCAUAUCGCCAUAAAUCCAUCUCUAGAUCCAAUGAAAUCCAUAGUUGAAGUUAUUGUUGACGGUGAAGGGAGAACAUAUUUUAGCUCAGACAGUAUAUGCAAAGCAAGUGUACAGACAAAUGAUGAAGAUCUUUUGUAUCCAGCUAAAUUUUUGCAUAGUUUGUAA